AUGCGUCUCCCCAUAGCUGCUCUCGCUCUCCCGGUGGCCGUCCAGGCGGCCAACUAUUCCGGUCCACUUCGACCGCAGGUGCACUUCUCUCCGCCCUCGGAUUUCAUGAACGAUCCCAAUGGGCUCUUCUAUGAUGCCAAGCGAGACCUGUAUCAUCUUUACUAUCAGUGGAAUCCCUAUGAGUUGAUUGCGGGCAACCAGCAUUGGGGCCACGCUACCAGUCGGGACUUGUACCACUGGACGAACCACCCACCUGCCAUCUCCCCCAGCAAUGCCGACGAGUAUAUCUUCUCCGGGUCCGCCGUCCUCGACCGCAACAACACAUCGGGCUUCUUCCCGGACCAGGACGACGGCGUCGUGGCGAUAUAUACCCUCGACACGGCGGAGGCACAGACCCAGAACAUCGCGUACUCCACCGACGGGGGGUACACCUUCACCAAAUACACCCACAACCCCGUCAUCGACAUCAACUCGACCGAGUUCCGCGACCCCCAGGUGACAUGGCACGCCGAGUCGGAGCAAUGGCUCAUGACCGUCGCCUAUUCGGCGGACAAGGUGAUCGGGUUCUACACCUCCCCGGACCUGCGCGACUGGACACACGCGUCGAACUUCUCACGGGCCGAUCUGCGCGGGGAGCAGUUCGAGUGUCCCAACCUGGUGAAGUUUGCUGCUGACAAGCACGUGCUCUUCAUCUCCGUCAAUCCCGGGGCCCCCCUGGGUGGAUCCGGCACCUACUACCUGGUCGGGAACUUCAACGGAACUCACUUCCACCCCGAAACCGCAAACUUCACGCUGUACGAGUUCUCCAAAGACAACUAUGCCUCGCAGUGGUACACCGACCUGCCGGACCGCAGUUCUCCCAUCUCCAUCGGAUGGGCCAGCAACUGGGACUACGCCGAGGAGGUGCCCACCGGCGAGCUGGAAGACUGGCGAAGCAGCAUGUCCGUCCCCCGCCAACACAGCCUAACCCAAGUGCAGGGCGUCUGGACGGUGACUCGCUCCCCGUACGAUCUCUCCGCCGUGCAAGGCCGCCGACUGCCCAACCACAAUCACACAGACGGAGUCAGCGUCGACUUCUCCAGCGUCCAAUCCAAGGCGAUAUACUUCGAGAUAGACAUCUCGGGCCUCCCCGCGGACCCCGCCGGCGAGGUCCGCUUCCACUUUAGCUCUCCCGCCGGCGACCACCUCGACGGGGGGGUGGUGCUGGACACAGGGCUGUUCUGGAUCGACCGCGCCGGAACGCAGCUCUACACCGCGGCGAAUAACACGGACUUCACGCCGCUGUCCAACACCAGCGUGGCGGUGGACGGGGGUCUGGCCUUCGCGGGGGUGAUUGACCGGUCGGUGCUGGAGGUGUUCGCGGACGACGGGACGCAGAGUGCCACGGUGAGUUACUUCCCCAGCGCGCCGUUGGAUCGCUUGGCGGUCGGGGCGAGGGGUUUGUCGGACGGGGCCAACGUUGGGCUGGCCGCUUGGGGUCUGGACAGCGGGUGGGUGGUCUGA